AUGUCGACGUCGGACCGGACACCUCUAUUCCCACAGGUUCCCGCCUACGCCGAAGAUCCUAACCAUGGCACGGAGCUGCAAGAAGUCGCAAGGCAUGACACAUUACUGUCUCCCGCUGGCAAUUCAUCCAACUCUCAAGUCCACGUGCCCAUUCCUUCAGACCUUGCGGAAGCCGCUGGCCUCAAUCUCGAUUCAACUACUGAGGAGAAUGUCUAUGAGAUGGCCCAUUUGACCUAUACGCCCAUAUCGACUGAUCCCCAGGAGUUCAACGAAAAACACCAUCUGCGUCCCAAGCAAUUCAAGUACCCUCGCCAGACAGAAAUUCUGGUCGGCAUCACGGUUUACAGUGAGCCGAAGCACCUUCUUCGACAGUCAAGGAUUUGGGGAUCGGGUUCUUGGACUAAAGUCGUGGUUUGCAUUCUCAUCGACGGUAUUGAGUCUGUGGAUCCUGGAGUUCUCGACAUCCUGACUAGUAUUGGGCUGUACCAGAAUGGACUGUGCAGAAAGACGACCGAGCAGGGAGAGGAAGUCACAGGACACCUUUUUGAGUUUACAUCUCAACUGGCCACGCAUCUCGGCUGCGAGACAUACACAGAGGCUGACGGGAAAACCUCCAAUAUUAAGUUUCCGGUACAACUAAUGCUGCUUAUGAAGGCUUCGAACUGCGGCAAGCUUAACUCGUACCGGUGGCUUUACAACGGAUUCGCCAAAGUUCUGCAACCCAAUAUCACAGUUCAUCUCGACGUCGGUACGAAGCUUGGCAAGCGGGCACUGUUUAAGCUCUGGAAGGAAUUCGAUCUGGAGCCUAUGCUUGCUGCAGCUUGUGGGGAGAUCUCCUGUUCUUUGGGUGGAAACUGGCUCAACAUUCUCAAUCCUAUUGUUGCGGCGCAGAACUUUGAGUAUAAGGUUGGGUUCCAGCUGGAUAGGACGUUUGAAUCUGCAACAGGCUUUCUGUCGCUCCUGCCUGGGGCGUGUUCGGCUUAUAGAUACGUGGGCAGUGCUGGUAAACCGCUUGAAGACAUGCUUCUCGGCGAUCCGACAUGGAUCCAAGGCCAUAACCGUGAUCGCCCAUCCCUGUCACCCGUCAAUCUCAAUCGCCACCUUGCAGACGACAGGGUCAUUUGCUUCAGAAUCAUAAGCAAACCCAACACCCACUGGCUCUUGAAGUAUGUUCCCGUCACCGCCACUACUGACAUACCCAUGACAACAACGGACUUCAUCAACCAAAGGCGACGAUGGCUCAACGGAGCGUUUUUCUCGACUAUCUAUGUCUUGAAGAGAUGUGGACACUUGUGGAGGUCUGAUCACUCACGGAUGCGCAAGUUGGCAUUUUAUAUCCCUCUCCUUCAUAGUGUUCUGGCUCUUAUCUUGGCUUGGUUCUCGCUCGCGGCAUUUUUACUUUCGACAUUCACCAUCAAUAGCAUCUCUGGGGACCCCCCAAAAGAUGCACCGACUAGUGGAUUUCCUUUCGGAAAAGCAACACCAAUUGUCAACGCCGUUAUCCAGAUCGUGUACUUGGCGACUGUCUUGUUCCAGUUUAUACUCGCCCUUGGGAGUCGCCCUAGGAACCACCGAAUCAGCUACAUCAUCUCAUUCGCCAUUUUUGGACUCAUCCAGGCGUAUCUGCUGAUGAAUCUAGUGUAUCUCGUAAAGAGAGUUGUAGACUACAAGGCCGAUGAUACUGGAUCCAGCAACUACGCUUAUAUCGGAGACUUCUAUGCUGACAUUGGUCAGAGCACCAUCAUCGUCGCUGGAUUCUCCGUUUUCGGCGUCUAUAUACUGAGCGCUCUUCUGGCACUUGAUCCAUGGCACCUUCUUACAUCCUUUGCACAAUUUCUCUUCAUCUCAUCCUCUUAUGUCAACAUUCUCAAUAUCUACGCUUUCAGCAACACACAUGAUGUCAGCUGGGGGAGAAAGGGUAGGCAUGAAGAUACUGAAGCUGGCCAGAGACAAGAAGGUCCAAGGCCAGCUACCAUCGAGAGACGAUUCACCUUUUCAGAUCAAGAUCCAAAUAUUCGAUCUGCAGCCACCCAGCGUGACGAAACUCCCGAGGCGAUAAAUGCCGAGUAUCAACAGGCGCUUUCUCGAUUAGCGGCUGGAGACGAGACGACAAGUCGCGAGAAGAAGCGCCCUCAGGUUCUCGCAGUAGCCGACGCCAUGAUGGAGUUUCGCACAAUUCUACUCGCAUCAUACAUUUUCUCAAACAUUUUUGUUUGUCUUAUCGUCUUGAACGACAGUCUGAAGAUACUGUGGUGGCUCGGGGACUCGUAUUGGCAUAAAGUCUGGUUCUUCCGUAUUUGGUUGUGGGCAAACUCGAUUAGCUUUUUGACUAGGUUUGUAGGUUGUUUAUGGUAUCAUGUCGUAAAGGUAUUUAGUGGAUUCUUUCGCGGCACUUUUAUGUAA